UUUUAAAUCACUACUAAUUGCUAAUUGACAAUUCGAUCUGGCACCGCUGAAUCAUUCGUGCACCGUCGGAAAGUUUGUUUACACGUGCAUUUGCCAGAGCUCGCGAACGUGAUAACGAAACUGUUGUAUAUUUCAAUUUAACGCGAAAUAUUUGCAUUGAUGGUGCAUAUUAGUCACUAAGAAUGGCGCUUCCACUGUUAACAACUUGCGGCUUGAGCGAUCCUCGUCUGCCCGGAUUGACGCUGAUCAAACAACAAUCCGCAGUCGAUGGUAGUUUCCUCAUUGCCUCGGUGCUUGGCCAUCGUUUGAAGUCGGAUAAAGACGCCCGAAUAUUGCUAGUGGCAUGUCAUCAUGGUUACAGUCACUACAGCAGUGCCUGUCUGAAACUAGCCUUCAAUCUGAGCUCUGCACGAGAAUCUGGCCAGUUGCAGGUUUUGGACGUAGGAGCCGAGGUAUUUCGAAAUUAUCCAAUCGGUCCGAGUGUGGACACCAUUCGGGAACGAAUUGAGCAGGCGUUGGCCUCAUCACCGAAGGUCACCGUCAUCAUCGAUGAUCUGACGCAUCUGUUAAACUACGGUCAUACGGAGUCGGAAUUGAUUGAUCUGGUAGAGCAGCUCAUGGUUCGACGGACUGGUUCCGAACAGUCCUUCGUCAUAAAACUUAAUACGGCAGAUUUGUUCGAGAGGCUUUGUGCUAACCUGGAUGAUAUGGCCCAAACAGUGAUACAGCUGGAUCAGAUGAGUUCCGGAAAUUUUCGUGAAGUGAACGGCCGGCUGAGCGUUAGCCGAAGGCCUGCUGACGAUGGAAAUGACUUGCUAUGCGUUCUGCAACCGGAGAAAUCGGUACUGUACAAGGUCAACGAUAAGAACGUGAGGAUAUUCGUGCCGGGCGAGAUUGGAAUUAAACAUUUGUAAUUUAAAGUUACAAAAUAUAUGAAAUUCACUGCAA